AGUUCAGAAAGAUAUGCGAUCGGUGACGGUAACUGCGGUUGCAGCAAUUAUUUUGCGACUCGGCGCAUAAUUUUUCGGCAGAGUGUGAGCUUAAGGAGAGAAAGGGUUCAAAAUAGUUUUUUUUUGGACAAAACACCUCAAUUUGUAUGAAGAGUGACACAAAAGUGUUGAAAAUAAUUAUUGUGAGUUCGUGACUUUUUUGUGAGCUUUCUUCGUGCCUUGUUGAGUUUUUUUUGUGUGUCUGCCUCUUAAAUAAAUAGACACAAUGAGGAUAUUUCUUGGACAAAUUUUGGCGGUUAUUCUAUUGAUCAGUGGGAUAGUUGGACAGGUGGAGGAAGUUAUGGAUAUCUUCAGUGAUUGCCGAAAAUCUUCUCCAGACUUUGAUAAAUGCAUUCAGAGAGCUUUCAAUGAUCUACGACCGCUCUUUAGCGUUGGCAUCCCCGAACUCAAUGUAGCCCCAUUUGAUCCCCAUCGAUCUCCCUAUGUUGAGCAAAGACGAGGAGAUGCUCGGGGCCUAGGGGGUUUCAGGCUUAUCUUAACUAAUGUUUCGGAACACGGAUGGACGAAUUCGGAAGUAACUAAAUAUCGCACCGAUGCACCGAACAAUAGGAUUGUCUAUUCGCAAUUCUUCCCGGAGAAGAGUCUUGAAGGGGAGUACAGCUUCAAGAUGAAUGCCCUUGGGAGGCCAUCCAAUACAAGGGGAGUGUGGAAUCUGACGCUCUACAACUACAGCCAAACUACAAGUGUUACAAGGAUUGGUGGUCCUGGGGGACUUCUCAAAGUGAGGGUGGAGAUUGACAAAAUUGGAGACAUGUCGAUGCAUAUUUCCAAUUUCUUUGGAGGAAGGAGAGUUUUAGAAAAUAUUGCUGACGUUGUAAUUAAUUCGAUGUGGCAAACAGGAUUUCCAUUUAUUAAACCGCUAAUAAAUGAUCUCGUCAGUACUGCAUUUACCGACAUCUUUAACGAGUCCUUCCGACAUUUCCCUCUCGACAGAUUCAUCAAAGAUUAAUUUGUUAACACCAUAAUGUGAUUGUUCUUGUAAAUAAUAUAAUAGAUUUUUUUUAAA